ACUCAGUGUGGGAACCUGAGAACAACUUUCUACUCACACUGACCACAGGACACAAGACUGGGCCGCAUCUGGACACAGGCAUGGUCACUGUUGUUAUGUAUGAGGUGGAAUCAGGAUCAAUACAGACCUGUCCAAUGUAGACCUGAGCAGACACACAAUACAGAGGAGGAAUUGGUAAAAACACACCACAUCAGAUUCAUUAGAGAUGGUAUUUUCACUGUAUGUCCAAACUGGGGGGCGGGGCACAGAUGAAUCCUUUCAUAAAUAUUAAUUAUGUUGUUGAGUUUGUGUUAUGGGAAGAUUCUAGAGUAAAUGAUUAGACUUAAGGUUUAAAAGAAUCCAGUUCUUCUCUAAAACUGUUCCCAGAUCAGUCUGUCAGGCUGCAGCUGACAUAUUAAUAAUAUAAAUCUGUAGAAUAGAAGGCAGAUUAUUCACCUUAAAGAUGAUUUAAAUUUAAAUUCAGACAUUGAUAGUUUACUAACUGUAGUGUGAAGUACUUCAAGAGGUGGUCAGUACUAGAAAAGUACACAUGAUAUACACAGAUAAGGAGUAAAUAACAGUAGGAGUCAGUUCCAUUCUCUGUAUAAAAUGAUCAACUGUCCCAGUUCCAUGUUAGUAAAGUCAUUGAUCAGUGGUUCCCUGGUCAAAGUCAUUGAUCACCAUCAGGGUCACCACUUUCCCAGAUCCACACAGAGCUCUGAGAGUCUCCCUCCAUCACCCCCCAGUUCUCCACCUGUUCCCCUCAGAUCUAACUAUUGUCCCUGGGGGCUAUUGGAGCAAUUCACUGUGUUGAGGCUCCACACGUCCCUUUGUCUCUGUGAGGCUCUGUGAUUGGCUGAGAGUGUGAGAAAGUGCAAUCAGACCCAGACCCACACAUUCAUAUGGAGAUGUGGGACUAUAAAUAGGAGGAUGAAGCCAGCAGAGAUCAGACUCUCUCUACAGAGACCUCUACAGCACACACAUCCAGACAUGGCUCCUACAAUCACUGCAGCAGUGACCAACUCUCAGCAGCAGCAGCAGUAUCAUCAUCAUCAUCUGACUGGGACUCACAAGCUCAGAAAGCCUCUGGUGGAGAAGUUACGCAGAGAGAGAAUCAACAGCAGCAUUGAGCAGCUCAAGUCUCUCCUGGGUCCAGAGUUCCUCAAACAGCAGCCAGACUCCAAGCUGGAGAAAGCAGACAUCCUGGAGAUGACAGUUUUCUUCCUGACACAGCUGCAGCAGCAGCAGAAUCAGCAGCAGAGACUGACGAUCAACAACUUCAACCAGCUGCACUGUUCCUCUGACAACAACCUGACAGAGGCUGACUUCUCUCCUCUGAGCUCCACAGUCCACAGCAGUGGCACCAAAGACAAGAGCGCCCCCUGGAGGCCGUGGUAGAGAGCUACAGAGUGGAGUUGAAGGACUUGUUCUGUAUGAACAUCAGUGUGUUUGACAUUUCCUGAGGAAAUGACAGAAACCAUAUCUUUGAGGAGGAGAGAGAAAACAUCUGAUCAAGGAUGUUUCAUCAGUCUGAUCUGAUUCACAUCAGCACUGGUUGUUUUACUUCUCUCUACUUCAUACAUUGGUUCAAUGAGAUGUUGUGUUAACGUUUGUCAUCUUCUGAUCACAUUGAUCAUUGUGAUGACAAAUAUUUCAAUGUUCUUUUAUGGACAUGAAACUGAUCUGUUCUCAGAUCAACUUUUUUUUUCUUCUGCUGAAAAAUGUCUUCACAGUUAUUUGUGAAGAUCUGUUAUUGAUCAUGUUGAUCAGCUAUUGAUUGGUUUUUUAAUAUUUGUUAUUAUUGAUCUAUUGUUGUGAUCAAAUGUUCUUUCUGUCAAAGUUUUCUUCACAUUUGUUUCAGUGAAAACUCUUUCUGUUCUGACCUCAUUGAUCAUGUUGAUCAGUUGUCUCUUCAUUGUCCACUUUGGACAUUUUCUCAUAGAAAUGUGAUCUGUUUGAAGAUCAGUGUGUUUUUACUUCAGUACAGUCAAAUUCUCAGUCAGUGUCACAGUUUUCUUGUGACAUUAUAACCUUGUUGUUAAGGAUAAACUGAAGUUUCUACUCUGUAUUAAUGGGAUCUUCUGUGGAGAUGAUUCUAAAAUGUCUGCUUUGGUUUUUGAAGAGCAAACGUUGAAAUAAUCACUGUGAAAACAGUGACAGUCCAGUGAGAACUGUUUCCUCAGACACUGGAACUGUUUGUCUUUCAUAAAGACUCUUGUUCCCUCACUCUCUCUGAGUACAGUGUGACUUGUGAAAAUCUACAAGUUGUUGUUGUUGUGAUGUAUCAUCACGUCUGUUUGGACACUUGUUGUUUAUUGAAUAAACAAUGAUAGA